AUGACGUACAUAGGUACUUGGAAAAACAACAAGAUGAAUGGUACUGGAAGGCUAGAAUAUCCUUCUGGGGCAGUUUACGAAGGCGAGUUCAAAGACAACAUGUUUCAUGGGGCAGGAACUUUUCCAAAUGGAGCGAAGUACAUUGGACCAUUCAAUGAAAACAAGUUGGAUUCAUGUUGUCAAAGGAUGGAAGGCAAAGGAGACUUUAUAGAUGAAAACGGAGUGGUGUGGACUGGCACCUUCAGUGGCUCAGCAGCAGUGGGACUGAAGCAGAAGCUGAGAAUGUAGCUAUUUGGUACUGACAGCAGCGGGAGCCAAGGGCAGCCCUGGCAUCGCAUUCUGGGUUCAACAGCUGCGAUGAGUUUUCGACAGGCAUUGAUUUCUUCAUGUAUUUAUUAAAAAUAACCCGAGGAUGGAUGUCACUGGUAAGUAAAAUAAAGCUACUUUUAUUUUCAGA